AUGUAUGUGAUAUUUCAGAAUUCCAUGACCUAUAAUGAUGUGCAUAUCGAUUUCACUUGGGAAGAGUGGAAUUUGCUGGACACUUCUCAGAAGAAUCUCUAUAAAGAUGUAAUGCUGGAAACCUACAAGAACCUCGCUGAUAUGGAAUACAGUAAGGAAGACCAUUCUACUGAAGAAGAACGUAGAACUUCUAAAAGACAUCAAAGGCAUGAAAGAAGACAAAGUGGAGAGAUGUCUUCUGAAUAUACACAGUGUGUUAAUGCCUUCACAUAUAACAGUGAUCUUCAAAGGCAUAAAAGAGAGAAACCUUAUGAAUGUGACCAAUGUU